GUGUAAACUCGUGGUACUGGCAGGGGAAUGAUUGCUAGCACAUUUUUCCCAUAAAAGUAGUUUUGUCCUAUUGAUGAUUUGCAUAUCGUUUCAGCUAGCAACACCGUAAUUAGCUGUGGACCUGCUCAUUUGUUUAUUUUAAGGUAAAACAACUAUCGUUACCAAGAAUUCAUAAUGUCUGACCAAGAAGAUGCCGAAUUAAGAAUGGAAGCAAGUGAUUCAGAAGAUGAUGGAACUAAAGACUUUGAUGAGGGACCAAUGGAAGAAGACCCGUUAGUGGGAGAGAACCAGGUCACACCUUGUGCAUUGACACAGGACAUGGUUAAGGAUGGCAUAUCAUUGUUGUGUCGUACAGGGAAUGGUUUGUCACAUGCCUUUGUUAAGCUUGAGCUAAUAGAUAGAGGCCUGACCGACAUCCGCUUCCUUGAGUCCUUUGAGCACCUGCGUUUCAUAGACCUAUCCACCAAUCACCUGUCAGACCUCACUCCACUGGCUGCGCUCACCCAGUUGCUUUGGCUGAAGGUGGAUGGAAACCAGGUCAGGGAGCUCAGAGGACAGAGGCUGGAACCACUCACCUACCUGCAGUGGUUCAGCCUCGCCAAGAACCGCCUCAUAGACGUAGAGGGGCUCAGGGGGCCUGCUCUGGAGACCCUCAACCUCAUUGGUAAUGGUAUUCAGAGGAUGCAAGGUCUGGAGUGCCAUACACUGACCAACCUGGUUACUCUUGAACUGAGGGGAAAUCGAUUGGAGACCACGGAUGGCCUAUAUUUGCCCAAUCUGCGUCGACUUUACCUGGCUCAGAACAUCAUCAAGCGUCUGGAGGGGCUUCACAAACUAGAACGCCUGACCACCCUCCAUCUGCGAGACAACCGGCUGGAGUCUCUGGAUGGCAUCAGCCCAAACAUGAAGUCUCUGCAGUACCUGAAUGUCAGGGGGAACCUCAUAUUUUCCCGGCGUGCCUUGAGUAGCCUAGCGGGUGUGGCAGCCACUUUACGUGCACUGGUGUUGGUAGAGAACCCCAUCAUGGAGAGUGAGGAAUACAGGCUGUUUGUGCUGUCACAGCUCCCCCUACUGGAGAGACUUGAUAAGGAACCUACCACUGAGGAAGAGAAGGCUGAUGCUCUGGAGAGACGAAGGGACUUUGAAGAUGAAGGGGCUCAAGAACCAAAAGAGCAAUAACACCACCAGCAUUUAACCCACUGUACACUGUCUACAUUGCAUCCUCGGCCCCUACCAAUACAGAGCCCGGUAGACAAGGAUGUUAAUGUGGGCCAUGUUUCUGUGAGCGAAUGUGUCUGUAAAAAGCUUGAACAGUGGUACGUUGUAAGUGCACAUACUUUUGACAGGUUUUUUUUAAAAGCUUAUUUAUAUAUAUGACCUGUAUAUUAUUGCAUGUACAGAUGUAUGAACAUUUAAAUAAAGGUAUUCUCUAAAGUGUUAA